AUGAAUCGCCUGGCACAACUUUUUGGCGUUUCUACUGCCGACGCCCCUGAGAGGACUCUUGACCCGUGGAUUGUGCAGGAACGCUCCGUUGACGAAGCCAGACCCCUUAGAGUAGUUGUCAUCGGUUCGGGGAUCUCAGGUAUCGUUGCAUCUAUUCGCUUCAGACAACGCAUCCCCAACCUGGAUCUAUGCGUGUACGAGAAGAAUGCAGAUGUUGGAGGCACGUGGCUGGAAAACAGAUACCCCGGCUGCGCAUGUGACAUUCCGGCCCACACCUAUCAGGCCACAUUUGAGCCUAACAAGCAGUGGUCCACUUUCUAUGCUGCAGCCCCUGAGAUAUACCAAUAUUGGAGGAGGGUAGCGGACAAAUAUGGCUGCGAGAAGUGUAUAAAGUUCAAACAGCAAGUCGUGGAGGCUCAAAUGGCAACUGAAGGUCAGAUACCUCGGAUGUCACCAUGGGACACAGCAGCUGACAAGCCGGCCGUAAAGGUCAAGGACCUAGAUAGUGAUUCGGUCUACCCAGACCAGUGUGACGUGUUGAUCUCGGCCACCGGGUUUCUGAAUGAUUGGAAAUGGCCGAACAUCCCAGGUCUCCAUGAAUUUAAAGGGAAGCUGAUGCACAGUGCUAAGUGGGAUGAAAGUUAUGACUACACUGGCAAGAGAGUCGCUGUGAUUGGGAACGGCUCCAGCGGUAUACAGAUUGUGCCUGGAAUGCUACCGAAAGUGACGCACAUGGACCACUAUGUCAGAAGCCGAACCUGGAUCUCACCUAGCUUUGCUAGUCAGGAAGUUGAGAGACGAGGUUCAAAAACAGACAACUUCUCGUUCACUCCGGAAGAGCUCGAGACCUUCAACAAGGACCACAGUGCUUAUCAGAAUUUCCGUAAAGAAAUCGAGGUUCAACUACAGUCUGUCCACGGCGCAACCUUGCUAGGCACGCCAGAACAGCUAGGGGCCAAAGAUGUCUUCGCCCAGAACAUGAAACAGCGAUUGGCAAGGAAGCCCGAGUUGUUUGAGGAUCUCGUUCCGUCAUUUCCGCCCGUUUGCCGCCGACUUACACCUGGGCCCGGAUACUUGGAGGCCUUGACCGAUGACAAGGUUCAGAUCAUCACCAGUGAGAUCGUCCGGGUUGAUGCAAAUGGCAUCAUCACUGCCGACGGGGUGCAUCAUCCCAUCGAUGUUCUAGUGUGCGCCACCGGGUUUGACACCAGCUUCACUCCCAGAUUCCCCAUCACGGGUCGUAACGGUCUGUCGCUAGCGGAGCGGUGGAAGAGUACCCCCGAGUCCUACCUCUCCAUCGCCGUCGACGAAUUUCCCAACUACUUUAUCUGUUUCGGGCCAAAUUCGGCGCUGGGGGAGGGCAACCUGUUACUUUUGCUGGAGAAAGUGGUUGACUAUUUUACCGCCUGUGUGCAGAAGAUGCAGCGGGAUAACAUCCUGUCCAUGUCGGUUAGAAAGGAUGCGGUGGAACGGUUUACGCGGCACUGCGACCAGUAUUUCUCCCGCACGGUGUACAGCGAGAAAUGCCGAAGCUGGUAUAAAGGGGGGAAGGAAGAUGGACGGGUGAUAGGGGUGUGGCCAGGAUCGUCUCUCCACUCACUGAAAACACUUUCGAAUCCCCGGUGGGAGGACUUCACCUACGAGUAUGUCGAUGACAACGCGAAUGGCUGGAUCGGUGAUGGAUGGACGGAGAAUGAGAAGAAUAACGCGAUCGAGGUGAACUAUCUGGAUGAUGAUCAGGUGGACUUUCCCUUGACUGUGGUUGAGCAGUUGAAGAAUUGA